AUGGGCAAGCACGGCGCGCUCCUGGCAGAUGACGUGCAAGACGGCGGGAUCAUUCCCCUCCAUCGUCCGGUUGUCUAUCAACGGGAUCGGGUACGCAGAAGCAAGGUUGUAGUAGCGAUCACGGUCUUCGCACUAGCCCUGCUCUUCGUCGCCCGGGACGCUGUCGCGCCAUCUUGCCGUUUUUCCCAUACUCAUCUCAUACACAAGCCCGGUAGCAUCAGACGUCCUGUGCCCUCCGGAACACGCAACGAGGCCUACAUCGUAGAAGCGACGCACGGCGCGGUAGCGAGCGAGAACGAAGUAUGCUCGGACAUCGGAGUGGACAUCCUGAAGCAGGGAGGAAACGCAGUGGAUGCUGCCGUUAGUACGACGCUAUGUAUCGGGGUGCUCAAUAUGUUCUCGUCUGGCAUCGGAGGAGGAGGGUUCAUGACUGUGCGUGUACCCCCAUCGUCACCUAACGCUUCCUCGGAGGUGCACACGAUCGACUUCCGCGAGAUGGCGCCCGCAGCUUCCAAUAACACAAUGUUCGUUGAGGAACCCAUGAAGGCGCUGUUCGGUGGUAUGUCAGUAGGGGUGCCUGGCGAGUUGCGCGGUCUGGAGGAGGCUCAUAAGCGAUGGGGGAGUCUGCCAUGGAGGACUCUCGUGCAGCCAAGCGUCGAACUCGCGCGGGGUUGGAGGAUGCAGCGGGAACUCUCCGAGAGGAUCCGUUUUGAGUUCUUCAAGCCACUAAUGCUGAAGGAUCCUGAUUGGAGCGCUGUCUUUGCGCCUGAGGGACAGUUACUCAAGGAGGGCGAAAUCGUUCGACGCACGAACCUGUCGCGCACUCUGGCAGUCGUCGCAGAACAGGGUGCAGAUGCGUUGUAUAAGGGCCCUAUUGCCGACUCGCUCAUCAAGAAGAUUCGCGCUACAGGAGGAGUUAUGACGCGUGAAGACCUGCAGAACUAUGCAGUUCAUGUCAGGCCUGCUCUUCAGGGAACCUAUCGCGGGCGGAAGGUGUAUACCUCGCAUGCACCAACCUCGGGACCAGUACUGCUACACAUGCUGAACCUAAUGGAGCAUUAUGAAGACCUAGUUGGGGAAGGACGGACACCGCUCAACAGUCAUAGACUAAUAGAGGCAAUGAAAUUUGGCUUCGCUGCUCGAACCAGAGUCUGCGACCUUGCGUUCAGUAACGACACUAGGCUCAUAGAAGAGAUCCCUACCAAAGCAUACAGCAACACAGUAUUUCCCAACAUCACUGAUGAUAGCACGCAUACGCCCGACUAUUAUCACCCCAUGUUCGAUAUCAUCGAAGACCAUGGGACGAGCCACUCUUCCGUAGUAGACAGCGAUGGUAUGGCCGUCGCAAUUACAUCCACAGUGAACCUUGUCUUUGGUUCGCAGGUGCUUGACCCAGAGACUGGCGUCAUUCUCAACGACCAGAUGGACGACUUUUCUACUCCUGGCACUCCGAACAGUUUCGGCCUCUUUCCUUCUCCAUUCAACUAUCCCGAGCCCGGGAAACGUCCACUUUCGUCUACUGUACCGACGAUCGUGGAAUACGAAGACGGCACGUUUUACUUGGCCACCGGCGGUUCUGGAGGAUCGCGUAUCUUCCCAGCAGUAUUCCAAGUAAUCCUGAAUAUGGAUUGGGGUAUGGAUGUGAGCGCAGCGAUUGAACAUGGACGGGUUCAUGACCAGCUCUACCCUACCAUGGUCGAUGCGGACAACACCUUACCCGUCGACACUCUGGAUGCUCUUCGAGGGAAGAGGCACAAUGUUACAGUAUCGGACAUCAACCGCAUCGCAUCAGUAGUGCAGGCAGUUGCGCGGCAAGGGGAUAAGAUCUUCGCUGCUAGCGACUCUAGGAAACGAGGCGUCGCCUCCGGGUAUUGA